AUGGCGGAGACCCAGGGUCCCCCAACCUUCAAGCUCGUCUUGGUCGGUGAUGGCGGCACAGGCAAGACCACAUUCGUCAAGCGCCAUCUGACGGGAGAGUUCGAAAAGAAGUACAUCGCUACCCUCGGUGUCGAGGUUCACCCUCUCGGCUUCACCACCAACCUUGGCCAGAUUCAGUUCGAUGUAUGGGAUACCGCCGGUCAAGAGAAGUUUGGUGGUCUCCGAGAUGGCUACUACAUCAACGGCCAGUGCGGCAUCAUCAUGUUUGAUGUUACGUCGAGAAUCACAUACAAGAACGUCCCCAACUGGCAUCGCGAUCUGGUUCGUGUCUGCGAGAACAUCCCCAUCGUCCUCUGCGGCAACAAAGUCGACGUCAAGGAGCGGAAGGUCAAGGCCAAGACCAUCACAUUCCACCGCAAGAAGAACCUGCAAUACUACGAUAUCUCCGCCAAGUCCAACUACAACUUCGAGAAGCCUUUCCUCUGGCUCGCUCGCAAGCUGGUCGGUAACGCACAACUCGAGUUCGUCGCUGCUCCCGCUCUGGCGCCUCCUGAGGUUCAGGUCAACCCGGAGCUAAUGGAGCAGUACAAGAAGGAGAUGGACGAUGCUUCCGCUAUGCCCUUGCCAGACGAGGAUGAUGCGGAUCUGUAG